GGAGGGGUCGGACCGGCCGCUGCAGGACGGUGAGGCUGACCGGAGGGAGGAGGAGCAGCAGCGGGGCGGAGGACUCACCGGCGGCCCGGUGACCGCGGAGCUGCUGGAGGGAACCGUGAACAACGACGCGGAGCUGUGGGGAAUCCUGCAGACCUGCGAACACCUCAUCUGUGGUAAAAAUGCCAAUGGCGAGCUGUCUCUGCCGGCCCACGUCAGCCCGUACACGAAGGUUCCUGAGGCCUCGAUGGAGAGCCGGGAGGACGCCUACAUCCAGCUGGAGCUGCGGACGCUGGAGCAGUCUCUGCUCGCCACCGGUGUGGGCAGCAUCGCUGAGCUCAGUGAUCUGGUGUCUCGAGCGAUGCACCACAUGCAGCGACUGCGCAGCUUGAGCACAUCCGUCUGCGCCGCUCACUCAACCAAUCAGCCGUCAGUAUCCUGGGCUCCGGACGCCCUCCGGACGCUCUACUACUUCCUGUCCAGCCCACAGAUGGAGUCACUGGAAAACCCAAACCUGGAGCCUCCGACCACGACCCUGAACAGAGAGAGGCCGUUCCUGCUCCUCCCUCCUCUCAUGGAGUGGAUCAGAGUCGCCGUGGUGCACGCCGAACAUCGCCGCAGCCUGUUGGUUGACAGUGACGACAUCAGACAGACGGCCAGGCAGCUCCUCCCGGGUCUGGACUGCGAGCCCAGACAGCUGAAGUCCGAGAGCUGUUUCCAGUCCUUCAGAUGUCUGGAUGCAGAAGCUGCUGCUGACAAGUUCCAGCUGGAUUUGGGCUUCAGGAUGCUCUCGUGUGGCCGAGCAGAUCUGGUCCAUCAGGCCGCACGGCUUCUGGGAGCCGAGGGGCUGAACACCGCGGACGACCAGGGAAUGACUCCUCUGAUGUACGCCGCAGCAGCAGGAGACGAAGCUCUGGUGCAGAUGCUCGUAGACGCCGGAGCUCACCUGGACCUGCAGGUCCCAGGCUGCUCUAGCAAACACCCGUCGGUUCACCCCGGCAGUCGGCGCUGGGUGGCUUUGACGUUCGCCGUGCUGCACAGUCAUCUGUCUGUGGCUCAGCUGCUGUUGGAGGCCGGAGCGGACGUGGAGGGAGGAGCCCUGCUGGACGGGCAGGAGAGCUCCGCCGAGACGCCGCUGCAGCUCGCCGCCGCUGCAGGUUACUACGAGAUGGUGAGCUUGCUGCUCGCUCAUGGAGCCGACCCUCUGCUCAGAGUGCAUCAUGGGAACUCACUGACGUCGCCGCUGUAUGAGGACAUGAACUGCUUCAGUUACGCUGCAGCACACGGACACAGGAACGUCCUGAGGAGGCUGCUGCUGCAACCUCAGCACAGGAAGGAGGACAUCCUUUCUCUGGAGGAGAUCCUGGCUGAAGGAGUGGAGGAGGAGGAGGAGGAGGAGGAGGAGGAGGCAAAAACUGCAGACUCCCCGAGCCCUGUUCCCAGACUGUGUAAGGCCAGGAUGAAAGCCCUGCAGCAGGCCGCCUACUACAGCGCCGAGCAUGGUUACCUGGACGUUACCAUGGAGCUAAGAGAGAUAGGUGUUCCCUGGAGGCUCCACAUCUGGCGGCAGUCUCUCCACAGAGCUCAGCAGCUGUGUCGGGACAAAGUCAUCAUCUCCCUCCUCACAGAGUUCCCCUCCAUCAGGACAGAGGACUAUGGCCCCGAGCUGCUCUCCACAGGCGUACCGCUCAUGUUUAGCAUGCUGGAGACCAGCAAGGACUACGUGGUAACCAAGCGUCUGGCAUCUGUGUUUGCUCACUGCUAUGGCCGCUCUCCUGUCCCGCCCGUCCCUCCAAUGGACGUCACUCUGUCCACACAGCUCGAUAUUCACUUCCUGAACAACCAGGAGAUGUCAGAUGUGACGUUCGUGGUGGACGGGCGUCCGUUCUUCGCUCACCGGGUGCUGCUGAUGUCGGCUUCUGAACGGCUUCGACGGAUUCUCUGCGAUUCCCCCGACGGCGUCAUCCACAUCAGUCACAUGACCUACAGCACGUUCCAGAUGAUGAUGAAGUCUUUGUACUGUGGAGGAACUGAAGGACUGAUUGUCUCACACUCUGAUGCCUUGAAGCUGCUGCCAGUGGCAACUUUCUUCCAGCUCAGAGGUCUGCAGAGGUGCUGUGAGACCAAGCUGUCGCAAAGUCUGACUGUGGAUUCUGUCGUCAACAUCUACCAGGCUGCAAAGCUUCAUGGAGGAGCUGAACUCUGCAGAUUUUGUGAAGGAUUCUUCCUGCAGAACAUGGAUCGGCUCUUGGACCGGGAGGACUUCCACCGCCUGCUGCUGGGCGGUGUCGGUCAGGAGCUUCUCUGCCCAGACGUGGGCCCCCAGGACCAGGAUUCACCGGGUCUCCUGAGGGUUUUGGAGGCCACAUUAAUACACAGACUUUACACCCUUCACUCUGCAUGUCGAGAGUAGAAACAACCUGGACUGUGUAUGUACACUGGUAUGUGUGUUUGGGAAACGUAGCCAUAUACUGUGUUUGUUAGUCACGUUAAGAUAGGAGAUCAAACAGAUGAUGUUUGCUGUAUUUAUUAAUCAUGACACAAGCGGAUAUUUCUGCAACCGGGGAGAGGAUCCAAAUGUAGAAAAUGCAGUUUUGAUAAUUCAUCAAGUGAAAUAAAAAAUAUACUUUUGUCAUGUUGAGAAUCUUCCUGUCACCAUAUAUCAUGUAAAUGUUUGUAGACCAGACGUCCUGAAAUAUUCACGAUAGUCCCAAAUUAUGAGCAGUUACAAACAGGGGAACAAAAAAAAGAGAAAAGGGGUUGUUUUUUAGUUUGUGGCACCAUUUAGAAAUGUUAGUCAGGAAACAGCUUAUGCCCCAAUUUUGUUUUUCUAAUUUCAAAACACUACUACUACACAAUACUGAAAUGAGAGAACCCUUAAAUUACAUUAGUCUACAUAAAUUAUUACAAUUGUUUGUUUGAAUUUGUGUUACUAUUAUGAUCAAAUGUCACUUAUGUAAGGCUCUAAUUUCUGCUUUUAGUUAAAAAAUGUACUCAUCUUUUAUAAAACACAGCUUUCUAACUGUUAAAGUUUUGGAUUCAAUGUCAGACGCUGUGUGUCUGCACUGUAAAUACAGAGUGGAGCUUUUACAGUCACUAGAAGCACAUUCAUGGCCGUUUGUAAAGGUUGGUUUUACUGAUUGUUGUUUGUCAGUGUUUCCCUUGUGUCAGGACUUCUCUAAAGACAAGAAGAAAACUACCUCAGGACAAAAUAUUUAAACAUAAGACUUAUUAAAGCUCCUUCCUAAAAUGUGUAUUUAUUGCAUAUCAGGUAUGUAUAACCAGUAAAGAGU